GACUCAGCUCAAACCAAGUGGAAGAUUGGGCAGCAAAUAAAAGAGAAAACGAGAAAAAGGACGACGACGGACACAUGACGGGGCAGUUGCUGCGCCUCCUCCUACGACUUCUUCGCCACCGCCAGGACCAAUUUGUGAAAUUUAUUAGAGAAAGAUUUUUGGAUGUGAUGCAUAGUUAAUAGCUUCUGUACCUAUCCUUUCAUCAAAAUGGCCGGUUAUUCGACUUCAGUAUCUACUGAAGAUCAAGUCCCGAAUAACCGAGAUGAUCUUCCUCAGUAUGGCAACUUGCCUAAAAUAUCCGAGCAAAGCCCUUUGCCACAUGAGAAUGAGGUGGCGGAAGAGGACAAAGAGGGGGAUUGUAAUGGCUAUGAGAAUCUGCAUGAAGAAGAUGACGAGGAUGAAGAUGCAGAUUUCAAUCCUUUCCUCAAAGAAACUAAUUCUGCUGAAGCUUCUUCAAGCCUGAGUUCUGAAGUUGAAGACUUCGAUACGGAUAUUGCUGAUAGUAGCGAAAGACCUUCUCCAAUCUUUGAAUCCAAGGAAAACCCCAGAGACGCUGCGAAAGAUUGCCAUACUAGUGGAAAUGCUAAGCAUGGUGAAGAGACAGUAAUGCAAAACUCAGUUUCUUCUGGAGAAGUAUGUGGAAAGAAGGCUGACAUAACUCAUCCUACAAAUGAGAAAGAUUCAGUAUUUUGUGCUGAAUCUGAAAAGGUAUUGCUCUGUGACAAGGAGAAUGGGUCGACCAGCCAGACAGAUGUGAACAGUGCCACACAUUCCAGGAAGCCAAUGGUGGAUAUGGAUACUGAGGGUGCCAUCUGUAUGCGGACAAGGGCUCGUUAUUCUCUUGCAAGUUUCACUCUUGAUGAACUUGAAACUUUUCUUCAAGAAACUGAUGAUGAGGAUGAUCUUCAAAAUGUCGAUGAUGAAGAGGAAUACAGAAAAUUCCUGGCAGCUGUUUUAAGAGGUGAUGAUUCCCAGAAUUUACAAGAGAAUGCAAAUGUUGAUGAUGAAGAUGAAGAAAACGAUGCUGACUUUGAGCUUGAACUUGAAGAGGCACUGGAAAGUGAACCUGAAGAGAUUGAAGAACGGCGAAUGACUAGGCGAAAUAGACGCCAAAAAGCUUCUCUUGAGCACAGCAAGAAGAUUUCAGGACAGUUGAACAGACCACUGCGGCCCCUCUUGCCAUUUACGUCAAUUGGAUCUUUUUCAGCUUUUGAUGGGAAACAUCUCACCCAGAACAUUGCUCCAUCCUAUGUGCCUCCUGUAAAUAAUGGCUUGACCUGUGGAUUUACUCCACAUCAGAUAGGGCAGUUGCAUUGUCUGAUUCACGAGCAUGUACAACUACUUAUUCAGGUGUUCUCUAUCUGUGUUCUUGAGCCUGUUAAAAGUCAUAUUGGUGCUCAAGUUAAGGAAUUAAUUGUUGAGAUGCUUAGAAAACGCGAUCAAGUAUUGACAUGGAGAACGGUUCCAUAUCCGAGCUUUUGCUUCUUACCUCCAUAUGUUCAUCCAUCAGUCCCCGAUGAGCUUCAGAAAAUGUUGCCACCGAAUGACAGCAAUAAAAGUGCAGAGCAAAUGUCUGAUGGAAGACACAAGCAUCUACCUGAUGAGCAGGCACGCACUUCUCAGGCUCUGGAAUGCACCUCAUGGGUGCCUUACAUUUGUGGUCCUGUGCUGUCUGUCAUAGAUGUAGCUCCACUCAGAUUAGUUGAAAACUAUAUAGAUGAUGUUACUUCUGCCCUCCGAACAUAUGAACGGUAUCAAAUUGAACUUGGUUUUGAGAAUCACUGUCAAAAGGAACCGUUGUUUCCUCUUCAUAAUUCUCCAUGUUCUGCUGAAUCCGAUGUUCAAGGGGAACUGGAAAACACUCCCCCAGAUUCCAGUGCAGUGCUUUCUUCUUCAUCCAGCAAUCAAAUGCCCAAGAAGACAAUGGCUGCAACUCUGCUUGAAAAAGCUAAAAGUCAGUCUGUUGCUCUUGUUCCCAAGGAGAUUGCUAAAUUAGCUCAGAGGUUUUGGCCCUUAUUCAAUCCUGUCCUUUAUCCUCACAAGCCACCUCCUGCUCCGCUUGCUAAUCGGGUGCUUUUUACUGAUGCAGAGGAUGAAUUAUUAGCAUUGGGGUUGAUGGAAUAUAAUACUGACUGGAAGGCCAUACAGCAACGAUUUCUUCCUUGCAAAUCUAGGCAUCAGAUAUUUGUGAGGCAGAAGAAUCGUGCAUCAUCAAAAGCGCCGGAAAAUCCCAUAAAGGCUGUACGGAGGAUGAAAAACUCCCCCUUGACUUCUGAGGAGAUUGCACGUAUUGAACUGGGGUUGAAAAAGUUUAAGCUCGACUGGAUAUCAAUAUGGAGAUUUUUCGUUCCUUAUAGAGAUCCUUCUUUGCUUCCAAGGCAGUGGCGCAUUGCUUCUGGCACACAAAAAUCAUAUAAAUCUGAUGAAAACAAGAAAGCGAAGCGACGCUUAUAUGAACUAAAAAGAAAAACUAGCAAGCCUUCUCCAUCAAAUUGGCAGUCGUCAUCCGAAAAAGAGGGCGAUAGCACCGAUAAUGCCGUUGAAGAUAAUAAUAGUGGAGAUAAUCACAUGGACAAGGAAGAUGAAGCAUAUGUUCACGAGGCAUUUUUGGCAGAUUGGAGACCGGAUAAUAACAUUUCUUCCAGUUUCUCCAGUCAUCCGCCCUCUCAGGAGGGCUUUCAAGCCAGAGAACAAAAUGAUUCUUCUGGAUCUAGGGAUGUCCUACCCCAAUACUGUUCCAAGUCUUCAGCUACCAUAAGGCCGGCCCAUUCUCAAGUAGUCCUGCGGCCAUAUCGAGCUCGUAGACCAAAUAGUGCACGCCUGGUGAAAUUAGCUCCUGAUUUGCCUCCCGUAAAUCUUCCUCCAUCAGUUCGGGUUAUGUCGCAGUCAGCCUUCAAAAGCUCCCAGGCAGCCGCCACAGCAAAGGUUCCUGGAAUUGCUUCGAGAAUUGGUGGUAUGGUGGCAGAAAAUCGAGGUCCACAUGCUGGAACCACCACGAAGUCAGUAGUUGGCUCUUCUGUGACAUCUGGACUGAGUAGGAAUAACUAUCUCAAUAUAACUGCUCCUUCUCAGCACGCAAAUCAGUCUGAGGUCUUAAUUGAGAAUUGUGUAGCGGAGAGAGGUGACUCUGAUCUCCAGAUGCAUCCUUUAUUAUUUCAGGCGCCUCAAGGUGGUCAUUUGCCUUACAAUCCAAUGAACUUCAGUACCAGCACGUCUAGUUGUUUUACUUACUUGCCGGGGAAGCAACCACAACUCAGUCUGAGUCUUUUUCAUAAUCCUCGGCAUAUAAGAGAUGCUGUGAACUUUCUUAGCAAGUCAUCUAAAACUCCAGAAAAAAAGGCGUCAUCUUUUGGCGUGCACUUUCAUCCACUUUUACAAAGGGCUGAUGAUAUGGAGACAGACUCCGUGGCUGCACAUCCUGAUGUAAGGAGUCCGUCUGGUGCAUUAUCAAGGAAAAGACAAACUUUAAUUCAAAAUCAUUGUUCCUCCUCAAGUAAGACAGCCAUAGAUGGGAGUUCAAGUGCUUCAGAUACAAAAGGGGCAAGCCUUAGUGGAAAGGUUAAUGAACUGGACUUAAACAUUCGCCUGACUUUCACAUCGAAGAACCAAGAAGGUGUUGGGAGCAGAAAUCUUACUCCAUGUAGUGCUGGAAGAUCCCUAAGCACUCCUGUGUCUGGAAUCAUAGAAUCUGAAAGUGCAAAAGAUUCUAACAAGAAGAGAAAUUCAGGCCCGGAUGGGGUCGGUGAGGAGCAUGAGUCAGGUGUCUUUGCACUGGUUACAUCCAGAAACAAAGGAAGUAAUAAAGUCUCUGAUGACAUGCGGGAUGAGUCCAUUCAUGAAAUUAUAAUGGAACAGGAAGAGUUGAGUGACUCUGAAGAAGAAUUUGGGGAAAAUGUUGAGUUUGAGCGUGAGGAGAUGGCUGAUUCGGAAGGAGAAAGUACAUCUGACUCAGAACAAUAUGUCAACAUACCAAAUGAGGAAGUGCAGCUGGAUGAAAUGGAUGCAGAUAUUGAUAAUUGUCGGGAGGUAAAUAGCCAGGACAGCCGUGUAGGCAAUACAUGUAGCACAUCAGAUGGGCGCUUGGUUGGAUUGGAGUUGGCUGACAGAAGGGUUAAUAUCAAGCCCAAUGUUCCAUCUUUGAAUCUGAAUUCCUGCCCUCCAAUUUCCCCACAUUCGAACCCCAAGAAAGGUGUGGGCGGGUAUGAAUUUGGACCUUUUGGUACAACUGGAACAUUUAUCCAGAAUCAACUUCCUGUUGGUUCAAAAAGAUCUAGCAAGCAUAUAAAACCAGGUGCAGGUCAUAUGCAGAAGCGUGCUAAGGAUGCACCAGAUAAUACCGGUCCAAGUUCUGGUGACGUCUUACCAAGAAACUCCAGAAAACGUGUCUGCCGAUCAAAUUCUACUUCAAGCAGUGGUGUGUCUGGAAAAGGAAAUCCAAGUCCGAAUAUGGACACAAGUACAGAAAAGUUGAACGUUAAUACAGAUGAAUUCGGUUAGGUGAUACACAUUUAUAACUAAUAGUAUGUGAAGGAUCAGGUUAAGGACUGCUGCAAAUAGUCAUUUAGACCUUUGUACUUAAGAUUGACAAAAUCAUCAACUUACAUCGUGCUUUGCCAUUGUUGAACAGAGGGGAAAAGGGAAGGUUACGUCUUUGCGCUUCUUGGAAUGGGGAAAGAGAAAAAGAAAUUAAAAAUGUGCAUAUCUGGGUAGUAUAGAGUUUUAAAUUGUAAUUAUCUGAGUUUAUUGAUUAUUUUUUGUCAUAUUUAAUUACUCGAACGUCUCU